UUCGAACUCCUCAAGAAAUGUUCUCUCUCUCUAUGGAGGGAGGAAAGCUCGAAUUUAUGUCGCCUCAGUCUGCGAAACGUCAUAAUCCGCCACUGAUUGUUUGACAUUUGUUUUGAACAGGCAAUUCAUCAGGCACUGCAGCUGAUGUUGGGGGACAUGUUAAUGAAAUAUAAUGAAUGGAAAUCGUGCAAGAUACGGCAAACUCGCAACAAGAUGCGCGAGCCAGCGGUUACUGCGGUGUGAGCGAGACUCGAGACCAUACGAGAAGUCGAGACCGAGACUACCGAGAGUGACGGAGACAUGAGGAGCCUUGUUUUCGUGGCAUCUCUCUCUACCAGUUUAUAUACGAUUUCUAAACAUAUUCUUCAACAGUGGUAUAAUAAGUCUUAAGGUGUAUGUCUAUGUUUAUCGGGAUAGCGAAAUAGUGAGUCGUGAUUAUGUUUUCUUCAAAUAAACUGGCAGUGAAUAGGACCAGCCGAGAAAUCGGCAGAGAAAUCAGAAGACUGAUAUGCAAAACCACCAGUGCCCCAAAUAGCGAUGCUAUUUCCAGGCAAGACAAUAAACGGGUGAUGAACAAUGUCGAAUGCAAUAGUGUUAGUAAUAAAUGGUCAACACUCAGCAGGCAUAAUAAUAUGAGGGCCCUCUCCACGAUCCAGACGAAGGUGGCGCCACCCGUGCCGAGCGCUCCGGUGUUCUCCAAGGAGGAGAGUCGCGAGUUCAUGGCCAUCUUCCCUGACAUCGUGCGAGACCUGACGGACGCCGGCCGGCACACGGACAUCCCCGAGGUGACGAAGCGGUUCGCCAAGAUGCUAGAAAAGCCGGAAAAUUUGACGCCAGAGAACGUGAGAUUGGCCGGCAUCCUAGGGUGGUGCGUCGAACUGUUCGUUCCUGCUGAGUCUGAACCUCGCGAAAUCCUCGAAAACAAUAUUGUCGUCAUCGUUGGCGAAGAUCUGCUCGUACCGCCCCUUGUCUCCAUGGACUUCAUCUUCUUCAGCGCGUGCGCCCUCUCCUUCUCGACGCUGCCCGGACUCGGGUGCAGCAGCUCGAAGGGCACGUCUAUCUCGCCGCCCAGAGUACCGCAAUUGAGCUUAACCCGCAUCGAGUACGAUAACGAUGCCGAUGGUGCACUUACCUUGCGGCACUAG